AUGGCUUCUUCUUCUUCUUCCCUCAAAGCCAUCUCCACCUUCACCACCACCCCUUCACAAACACCACCUCCUUCAUCAUUAUCAAAAGCUUCCCUUGUCUCCUUCCUCAACACCACCACCUCCUCUCCCAUCUCCCUAAAGCUCUCUCAUUCCUUCUCUCCUUCACAUUUACGUUCCAAUGACUCCACUCUAUCUCUCCUAGUCACCAACGCUCUCAAAACCGCAGAGUCUUCAUCUUUAUCAUCGUCCAACCUCACAAAGUCUCCCUCUUCCGACCCCAAGCCGACGAUCCUCGUCUCCGAGAAGCUUGGAGAAGCAGGGCUGGAGGUCCUACGCGCGUUCGGAAACCUCGAGUGCGUGUACAACCUAACGCCGGAGGAGCUCUGUCUGAAGAUCUCAGCAUGCGACGCGCUGAUCGUGAGGAGCGGGACGAAGGUGACUAGAGAGGUUUUUGAGGCGUCGAAAGGGAGGCUGAAGGUGGUGGGGAGAGCAGGGGUUGGUAUAGACAAUGUGGAUCUGCAGGCGGCGACGGAGUUCGGAUGCCUCGUCGUUAAUGCGCCGACGGCUAACACCAUCGCCGCCGCAGAGCACGGCAUCGCGCUGCUCACUUCCAUGGCUAGAAAUGUUGCUCAGGCAGAUGCCUCCAUGAAAGCUGGACUAUGGAAGCGAAACAAGUAUGUUGGUGUCUCUCUUGUUGGGAAGACAUUAGCAGUAAUGGGGUUCGGAAAAGUUGGUUCUGAAGUUGCUAGACGUGCAAAAGGCUUGGGAAUGCAUGUUAUUGCUCAUGAUCCAUAUGCCCCAGCUGACAGAGCUCGUGCCAUUGGUGUGGAUUUGGUCUCUUUCGACCAGGCCAUCUCCACUGCAGAUUUCGUGUCUCUGCAUAUGCCACUCACCCCUACUACAGCAAAGGUGUUCAAUGAUGAUACGUUUUCAAAGAUGAAGAAAGGUGUUCGCAUUAUUAAUGUUGCAAGGGGUGGAGUCAUCGAUGAAGAUGCAUUAGUGCGAGCGCUUGAUAGUGGAGUUGUAGCUCAGGCUGCACUUGAUGUGUUCACAGAGGAACCUCCCUCAAAAGAAAGCAAGUUGGUGCAACAUGAGAAUGUCACAGUCACACCUCAUCUUGGAGCUAGCACAAAGGAAGCACAGGAAGGUGUAGCAAUUGAAAUAGCCGAGGCUGUAGUUGGAGCAUUACAAGGGGAACUUUCUGCAACCGCUGUCAAUGCACCCAUGGUUCCUCCUGAGGUUAUGUCGGAGUUGUCUCCUUAUGUUGUUCUUGCUGAGAAGCUUGGAAAGUUGGCUGUACAAUUAGUAGCAGGAGGGAGUGGCAUCACAUCUGUGAGGGUGGUAUACAAAUCAGCUAGGGAUCCUGAUGACUUGGAUACUAGACUUCUCCGGGCCAUGAUCACUAAAGGCAUCUUUGAACCGAUAUCUACCUCAUUCAUCAAUCUAGUAAAUGCUGAUUUUGUUGCCAAGCAGAAAGGUCUGCGUAUAAGUGAGGAAAAGGUAACUGUCGACUCUUCUCCUGAGUUCCCUGUUGACUCAAUCCAGGUGCACAUAUCCAAUGUGGACUCCAAAUUUGCAAGUUCAGUUUCUGAAAAUGGAAGCAUAAGCAUUGAGGGGAAAGUGAAAUAUGGUGAACCCCAUCUCACAUGUUUGGGAUCAUUUGGCGUGGACGUGAGCCUUGAAGGGAAUCUUAUUUUGUGCCGGCAGGUAGAUCAACCAGGAAUGAUUGGCAAGGUGGGAAAUAUUCUUGGAACUCAAAAUGUGAAUGUGAGCUUCAUGAGUGUGGGUAGAACCAUCCUGAAGAAAGCCAUCAUGGCUAUUGGUGUAGAUGAGGAACCAAGCAAGGAGACCUUAACGAAAAUUGGGGAUGUUUCUGCUAUUGAAGAGUUUGUGUUCCUUAAGCUAUAGGGAAAGCUAAAAAUGGUACAGUUUACAGUGGUGAGUUAAAAUCACAAGUUGCUUACCCAGUAAACAUCAGUUGUUUUAUAAGUUUCUUCUAGCUAGAUUAUAGUGUUGUGCCAAUCUGUUGUGAUAGAAGUCAGGGUAUUUGAACUGCUGUUUAGUUAGUCAUGGCAAUUCUUUACCUGCUUUCGGAGAUCGUUAUCGUUAUCACUGUUGCUGUUGUUGUUUGCUUGCUUGCCUCUUGUUAUUGUUGUAUUAUUAUCCAUGCUGGUGGUUGUAUAAGUAAUUCUUCUGCUGGUAAAUAAAGUACUUGAUUGUAUUCGGGUGUUGGAACUAGAAAG